GGCGUUUAGCUGAGAUUAUCUGAAGGGAAUGAAAAUAGACAAAAGAGGAGACGGAAUCAGGAAUAAUGAAUGAAGUGGAGGAGGAAGACAAAGCCGAGGAAAUGACUGACGCUUGCAUAAGAGCCGUCGUCGAGUCUAUCCACUCUUCUCCCACACAGGCCGUCCUCUACCUCUCCGGCGGCGCCUCUCUCGUCUCUCUCUUUUGUCUUCUUCCGGCUUUAGGGUGGUUAAUGUCAGUUCCUGGAGCUUCAAAUACGGUCCUUGAAGCUGUUGUACCAUACUCCAGAAUGUCCAUGAUCCAAUUGCUCGCCAAGAUUCCUGCCCAGUAUUGUAGUCAACAAACUGCCGAUGAAAUGGCUUUGCUUGCUUAUAAUCGCGCGCUGAAGCUUUCUUCUCCAGGUUCCCCAGUUCUUGGUGUGGGGUUUACUGGUUCCUUGGCUACCACGCGUCCGAAAUUGGGGGACCAUAGGUUUCACUUGUCAACAAGAACAUCUGAUCAACAUUGGGCAUCUACAGUUACUCUGUCAAAGGGCUUGAGGAGUCGGGAUCAAGAAGAAAAGAUUUCAAGUUACUUCUUACUGAAGGCGAUUGCUAAUGCAUGCAAAGUCUCUUCAACAUUUGAUUCUGAGUUGAUUGAAUCUGAAGUUGCUGAUGAUUAUGUAAGGUUCUUCGAUGAAGAUCAACAGUUAGAGCAACUUAUAAAUGGGCAAAUUUGCUUUAAGGUUUAUCCAUUUUCAAGUGAUAUGUCAAAUGAUGAUAGGAAGAUAAUACUCUCUGGAUCCUUUAAUCCGUUACAUGAUGGUCACCUUAAGCUCUUGGAAGCUGCCACUAGUAUUUGUGGCAAUGGGUAUCCUUGCUUUGAAUUAUCUGCCAUCAAUGCUGACAAACCUCCAUUGUCGAUAUCAGAAAUAAAAGAUCGUGUUUUGCAGUUUGAAAAAGUUGGAAAGACGGUAAUAAUUUCCAAUCAGCCUUAUUUCUAUAAGAAAGCCGAACUUUUUCCAGGCAGUGCUUUUGUAGUUGGUGCUGAUACUGCAGUGAGGCUUAUUAAUCCUAAAUACUAUGAUGGGAGCUGUGAUAUGAUGCUGAAGACGCUCACAGGAUGCAAAAGAACAGGAUGCACCUUCAUUGUGGCUGGUCGGAAUGUAGAUGGUGUUUUUAAGGUCCUUGAGGAUUUUGACAUUCCUGAAGUGUUAAGAGAUAUGUUUGUCUCAAUACCAGCAGAAAGGUUCAGCAUGGAUAUAUCCUCCACCCAGAUAAGGAAAGGCAGUGGAAUGCAUAUGUAAAUCCAAGCGACAGCAAAUUUAAACAUGACAUUAUUCUCUUCAAUAACGAUGAAGAAAAUAUCUAUAGUUUCCUCCUCAUUAUGUGGUAUUUUCGGCAGCCUAACUUCAGUUUGAAAGGUGCACAGAAAGAAUUAUAUUGGAGCUACACAUUUUACUCCCAUCUCCAAGUGGAAGUUUAUAUCAUGCUAGAUAUUUCUUUAUAUCAAUAAAUGAAUCAUUGAAAGACUUUUCUUGUAUAAUUGGGAAAUUGCAUUGGGCUAUUCUCAUUUUCGAGAUUUUUUUUCCUUUUUUUUUUAUAACUAUGACAUUCUCUUCCACUCUAAUAAUAGAUAAUAGAUAAGAUUAACAAUCUAGUCUUAUAAAGGGCAUUUUAUAG